UACGUCGACAUGACCAUUGAAAAAGGACGUGUCGAAUACACAUUUGCAUUCUUCUACUACAAUCCCUCCAUCUGUGAACCUGCACCGCCAGAAGAAAUCAACGAUCGGCGAAAACCUCCCAUAUAUGCAUAA